AUGGCAGGUUCCAGCGCCGCUUUCGUUCAUGAGCCGAUCAAUCAGGCUGUUCAGGAAAUCAGGCUGAUAUCCAUCAUUCCCGAAAUAACAGGACCAAUCAGGUGCAACCUCAUACAUGUGAACCUCCAGUCCAACCCUACUCCCGAAUACCGCGCUCUCUCUUAUGUUUGGGGUCCUCCAUCGCCUGUUCAGGAGAUCCAAGUCAACGGUCACCGCUUUCUCGUACGGCAGAAUCUUUACGACUUUAUCUACGCCUUUAGGGAACGUCUAUACAAGUUUCGAGGUGGUAAUGGCUACGAAGAUGAGGUUCAGUGGUUGUGGAUAGACCAGGUAUGUAUCAACCAGGCGUUGACUGGAGAGCGCAACCAUCAGGUCAAGAUGAUGUCCGACAUCUAUCGAAGAGCGACCUAUGUCUACGUCUGGCUAGGCAAGUCUGAUGGUAGUACGGAAGCAGUUAUGAGAGCGUUGAAAUCUAGCUACAGACGCUAUCAUGAUUCUGAAUCCUUGACCAAAAGAUCGAAGACGUCCAGCAAAAUGAGUAGGGACGGGACUUCGACGCAAGCCGAAGAUUCGAUUUGGACAUCCGCGCUAAGGUCCGCGCUAAGGCACUUCUUCGGCAAUCCAUAUUGGUUGAGGUUAUGGAUCGUUCAAGAGAUCAUGCUAGCAAGAUACAUUCGCGUCAUAUGUGGCGAGACACUGCUUUCAUGGGACGAACUGAAACGCUUUUGCUCUUCAACGCUAACAAAGGUCUACUUGAAUGGAAAUGUCUACUUGGAUGACGUUGUGCCGUCACAAGUCAAGUGGCUUACAGAUCAUGCCUUGUCAGCCAGGCACUACAGCUAUGCAGAAUUGCUUCUGACGUUCAGUGCGAGCCAGUGUCAAAACCCUCAAGAUAGAGUAUUUGGACUACAAGGCCUGAUACCGGACGCUGAACGGGCUGAGAUCGACUACGGACAGCCAGCGAAUCAGAUCUUUCCUGAGACCGCCAGAGCAUUCGUUCGCAGUGCAAAUUCCAUGCCUCAACCCCCAUUCAAAAGGAGUCUCGGAAGUUUAGACUACAAAAAAGCGAAGGAGACCUUUUUCAGCGAUGCUACUGUUAUCCUGAUGCAAGAACAUGAGUACGGUCUACGCCUCCAUCUUGUGCAUGUUUUGAUGACUCUGGGAGACAAUAUGGACAUGUCUUGUUCUGAACGGCCUGAUGCGAAGGAGAUGGUAUUGGCUUUAGAAGCGAUCCGAGCGAUGUGGCAGAAAGUGGUAUGGCACUGCGAACGUAUGUCAUAUGACGACUUUAUGUUUGGCUGGAGAAGGAAGCAUGGAGCUCGCGCUCCACCAAAUCCAUCGAGAACCGACCUCAUUGAACUUAUCCGCCUCGAACAAACAAUCGAGAACCUGUAUGAUAAUCUCCGGUCUAUCGUUAAGGAGUUGGUAUCGAACAUGCUCUAUGGCACCGAGCGACCGUUAUACAUGCUGUACUUAAAUAUGCCUCGUAUAGAAGGCGGAUUUGUUGGAAGAUUGUCUCAGGCUAUACGCCUCAAGCCCCGGUAG